UAGUUCUUCUCCGGAAGGACUGCGGACACGGCGUGGAGAGGUGCGGCCAUGCUUUCCUGCGCGGUGAAGUUCAUCUGCCUCGUCUUAGUAGUGCUUCUCGGAGUGCUUUCUUUGGUGUCGUCCGACAAGGGUAAAGCUAUCGAGAAGAAGGUUGUCCUCGACAAGAAAACUGGAGGUGAUGUGUACAACGACUACCCGCCAUCUUACUCCCAACAUGAUGCGCCCAGCAAGAAAUCCGCCAAGAAAGAGGUGGUUAUAGUGAAAGAGAUAAAAAAAGAAAAGCCCAAAAAGAAACUGAAGAAGAAGAAGGUCAUCACCGAUUACGACUACGGUUACAACGACAACUCCUACAGAAAUUACGACACGUAUGACUAUAAUGACAACUAUGACGACAACAAGAGAGGUUACGACUACCAGAGUGACUACAAGAAGCCGGACUAUGGCUACCAGCCUGAUUACAGAAAGUCAGGUUAUAAUGACUAUGGCUACAAGAAAGACGAUUACGGCUACCAGCCAGACUACAGAAAACAAAAUUAUGAUGGCUACCGGCCAGACUACAGGAAACACGGUAACGACUAUAACUACAAGAAGGAUGACUACGGCUACAAACCAGACUACAGGAAACAAGGUUACGACUACGGCUAUAAGAAAGACGAUUACGGCUACAAGCCAGACUACAGGAAACAAGGUUACGACUAUAACUACAAGAAGGAUGACUACGGCUACAAGCCAGACUACAGGAAACAAGGUUACGACUACGGCUAUAAGAAAGACGAUUACGGCUACAAGAAGAACGACUAUGGCUACCAGAAGGACAACUACAAAAAAGACGACUACAAAAAGGAUGACUACAAGAAGAAAGAACCAAUUCAGAUCAACUUAAAAAUUGUCAACGAAAAGAAACCUGAAAAGGAGCCUGUGUAUAACCCUGCUCCCAAGGAGACCGUUAAGCACGUUCCAGUAUACCAAAAAGUUCCAGAGCCAUACCCAGUUUAUGUUCGUCAGCCAGUAUACUACCCAGCGCCUCAGCCAAACUAUCAACCACCUCGUCAGUACUAUGCUCCCCGACCACCCCCACAAUACAGAGGGCAAUGUAAGUUGACACCUCCCAUUUAUGCAUAAGUGAAUAAGUGAUGUGAAUCAGUUUCUAAUAUUUACAAUCUUUUUUAUUGUUUUCACUUUCAUACAGACAACAGAGUGAGUAGUAUUUAAAGUACACACUGUGUAGUUGACUCAACAAUUGAGGAGAGAAGCUUUUGCACAGGGAGAAUAAACUGACUCUGUACUUCCUUUUCAGCGUUACGGAUAGAAGACAACGUACUCUAUGCGGUCGCAAGACAAAGAACAUAUUUUUGCAACAAGAAAAUAAAAAUGCACAAUCAAAAAGCCA